AAACCAAACUUUUCGAUUUUUCCUCUCUGGAAUCUCGAUUCUGUAUGAUCUCUUCGAUCUAAUCGAGUUCUUUUGACGUUCCGUGUAGAAUUUCACAUCUAGGGUUUGCUAAAGCUUGAACCUUUGCUUGCCCUUUUCUCUUGGAAGAGGUUUUGAUUUCCUGGGCAUGAAUUUUUCCCUAAUUUUGUUACCUUCGAAGCAGAACAGCCAAAGAUGUCGGAUUCAAUCCAAGAGAGAUACUUAGUAGGAUACGCACUCGCAGCCAAGAAACAGCAUAGUUUCAUCCAGCCUUCUUUGAUCGAACACUCGAGGCAACGAGGCAUUGAUCUGGUCAAGCUUGAUCCGACGAAACCGCUGUUGGAGCAAGGGAAGCUUGAUUGCAUAAUCCACAAGCUCUAUGAUGUGUAUUGGAAGGAGAAUCUUCAUGAGUUUCGCGAGAAAUGUCCUGGUGUUCCUGUAAUCGAUUUGCCUGAGGCUAUCGAGCGGUUGCACAAUAGGGUUUCGAUGCUUGAGGUGAUAACUCAAUUGAGGUUUCCUGUUUCAGAUAGCGAAAAAUUUGGUGUUCCGGAGCAAGUUGUUGUCAUGGAUUCGAGCGUUUUGAGCGGCGGAGGAGCUUUAGGGGAGCUUAAGUUUCCGGUGAUUGCUAAGCCGUUGGAUGCUGAUGGGAGUGCGAAAUCUCACAAGAUGUUUUUGAUAUAUGAUCAGGAAGGGAUGAAGAUAUUGAAAGCUCCGAUUGUGUUGCAGGAGUUUGUGAAUCAUGGUGGUGUGAUCUUUAAGGUCUAUGUGGUUGGAGAGCAUGUGAAAUGUGUAAAGAGACGAUCUUUACCUGACAUCUCUGAAGAGAAGAUUGGGACAUCAAAAGGGUCUCUUCCCUUUUCACAGAUAUCGAAUCUGACUGCUCAAGAAGACAAGAACAUAGAGUAUGGUGAGGAUAGGAGCUUAGAGAAAGUGGAGAUGCCUCCAUUGAGUUUCUUGACUGAUCUAGCAAAGGCCAUGAGGGAAUCAAUGGGUCUCAAUCUCUUUAACUUCGACGUGAUUAGGGAUGCCAAAGAUCCUAAUAGGUACCUUAUAAUUGAUAUUAACUACUUUCCUGGAUAUGCUAAGAUGCCUUCGUACGAGCCUGUGUUGACGGAGUUCUUCUGGGACAUGGUCACAAAGAAGAAUCAUGUCUGAGGAAAAGUCUACCAAAUUUGAAUCUCUGUUAGCAGGAACAUUUGUUGCAACUGCCAUUGCAAGCAUAUCAAUUGGUUCUGGCCUAUGGUGACUAGCUGCUCUGCUAAUUUUCAUUUGGAUUCUUAAACUUGUGGUUUUUUUUUAAUAUUAUUUAGUUGUUUCUCUUUCGUUUACUUCCAAGUUUUUGCAAGGCCUUGUUAAGUAUGCAUAACUGUUGCUUCUCUUGAAAUGCAUUGGAUCUCCAAAUUCUUGCUCA